GAGUAGAAGUAGGAGGAUUAGGAGUAGGACGGAAGUGAAGCUAACUUUCUGCGGAAGUCCAUAAAAGAAAACAAAGCCAUCUAUCUGUGCAAAUAGGGAGUCUGUUUCCGAUUUAAAACCGGUGAAGACCUCUCAAACGAUGGAGUUCCUGUUUGGGAAGAGGAAGACCCCAGAGGAGAUGCUGAGGCAGAACCAGAGGGCACUGAAUCGAGCCAUGAGAGAUCUGGACAGAGAGCGACAAAGACUGGAGCAGCAGGAGAAGAAAAUCAUAGCUGACAUUAAGAAAAUGGCCAAACAGGGACAGAUGGAUGCUGUCAAGAUCAUGGCGAAGGACUUGGUUCGCACAAGGCACUAUGUGAAGAAAUUUAUUAUGAUGAGGGCAAAUAUCCAGGCAGUCAGUCUGAAAAUCCAGACUCUCAAGUCAAACAACAGCAUGGCACAGGCAAUGAAAGGAGUCACCAAAGCCAUGGCUACCAUGAACAGACAGAUGAAGUUGCCACAGAUUCAGAAGAUCAUGAUGGAAUUUGAACGACAGAGUGAGAUCAUGGACAUGAAAGAGGAGAUGAUGAAUGAUGCCUUAGAUGAUGCCAUGGGUGAUGAGGAUGAUGAAGAAGAGAGUGAUGCUGUUGUGUCCCAAGUGUUGGACGAGCUGGGUCUCAAUCUCUCUGACGAACUCUCAAAUCUGCCAUCCACGGGAGGUAGCCUCUCAGUGGCAGGUGGGAAGAAAUCUGAACCCCAGCCAGCUCUGGCAGAUGCAGAUGCUGACCUGGAGGAGAGACUGAAUAACCUCAGGAGAGACUGACACAAUAGCACUUUGGCUGCCUGGUGUUAAUACAGCUAGAUGUACUCGGCAACUUAGAUUUCUGUAUCUAUACUGAACAAAAACAUAAACGCAAC